AUGAGCAACAACAGCGGCGAAUCUAUAAGCCCAAUUGUACUUUGGGCCCAGCGGGAAGAUAAAAUCUAUUUUACCAUUGAAGUCUGGGAUGUUCGUGAUAAAAAUCUGUCCUUCACUGCCGACUCGAUUUCCUUCUUCGGCCGGAAGGGAGAUUCAAAGCAGCCAUAUUCACUGGAGCUAGAGUUUUAUUCCAAAAUUAAGCCAACGCCUUUAAGCGAAAGCGUUUCCGGCAGAGCUAUAUUUCUUGUGCUUGAAAAAGAAGAGCACUCAAUGUGGCCUCGUCUUACUAAAAAUGCAGGCAAACUUCCAUAUGUCAAAACUGACUUUGAAAGAUGGGUCGAUCCAGAUGAUGAUGAAGCGACAAACCCAAACCA